CGAGCCCGAGGGCGCCCGGGAGGAGCCGGCCGACGGCCAUGUGACCGGCCGCGGCGGGGGUGGGCGGCCCAGAAAUAGCAGCGGCGGCGGUUCCGCCCGCGGGCUGGCGCGAGGGGCUGAGCCGGGGGACGCAGGCUGGGCGGGCACGGCGGCCCCGGCCCCGGACGAUGCUGCUGAGUCCCCGGCCGGCACGGCCCCGAGCACAUGAUGGCGAUACGCGAGCUCAAAGUUUGUCUCCUCGGGGACACCGGGGUCGGGAAAUCGAGCAUCGUGUGCCGAUUUGUGCAGGAUCACUUUGACCACAACAUCAGCCCCACCAUUGGGGCGUCUUUCAUGACCAAAACCGUGCCUUGUGGAAAUGAACUUCACAAAUUCCUCAUCUGGGACACUGCUGGUCAGGAGCGGUUCCAUUCGCUGGCCCCCAUGUACUACCGGGGAUCUGCCGCCGCCGUCAUCGUGUAUGACAUCACCAAGCAGGAUUCCUUUCAUACCUUGAAGAAAUGGGUGAAAGAGCUGAAAGAACACGGUCCUGAAAACAUUGUCAUGGCCAUCGCUGGAAACAAAUGUGACCUCUCGGACAUCAGGGAGGUUCCACUGAAGGAUGCAAAGGAAUAUGCUGAAUCCAUAGGCGCGAUCGUGGUGGAAACAAGUGCAAAAAAUGCCAUCAAUAUUGAAGAACUCUUUCAAGGGAUCAGUCGCCAGAUCCCACCCCUGGACCCGCACGAGAAUGGAACCAGUGGGGCCAUCAAGCUUGGGAAGCACACGGCGCAGCCUGGCCGCAGGUGCUGCUGACCCAGAGCGCAGUGGUGGAGGAAGCUGGAGCCCACGUCCCAGGCACCGCUGAUGCCCCAGCCCUCAGUCCUAAAGAACAACAGAUGCUGGCCUUGCUUGUUGGAAGACCUGCAGGGAACUGGGGCAAGACAUGUCCCUUCAAGAGCAUGGAGAAAACUCUGGGAGAACUCACGACACUGCCACAAAAUGGCCUUCAAAGGAUGAUACUUACAAGAUAAUAAGUAGAGCUGUGGUUUCUGGUAGACACCUGAAAGCAUUCUCGGUUUUGCACGCAAGUCUUAAACUGCCUUAAUCAGGGGAGGGUACCCUCAGACGUGUCCUCUCCCUCUGACUCCUGGGUUCCCCGCCAAAUUUCAGUAGCUUCUUCACUGUCAUUGUCUUCCCCAAAGGAUACUUCGUUGGGAAGGCCAGUUUUGCAGCUGGCCGUGGAAUGAGUGUUUAUUGAUUACAUUGCUGAUGGAAAUCGGGGCAGCACCGCACCAUCCCUCAAGCUGAGCUCCUGCACAGUGGUGCAUUGGAAACUGCCAGCGUCUCUUUUAGCUGGGGACCAUUCUUCAGCAUGUUGGUCACAUAUGAAUAGGCAAACCAAAGCUGCCUGCCCUAUUGCAAAUUAUUUUGGGAAUGGGUUGGAAGGUCAAGUGGUAACCAUGCCCACGGUGAUGGGUGGAGGGUAUAAGCAUCUUUUAGGGGAUCACCUGGUACGUGUCACCACCUUGUCAUAAAUCCUCAGUAUAGUGCAGAGUAUCCUUGUAACAAAGAGAAGAUGUCAUGAUGUCUAAGGGUUCAAAUUAAAUGGUGGACACUUGAGUGUGAACCACAAGGCAGAUUUCCAACAAUAGCGGUUGAUCACAGCAGAGCCAGCCAGAUGAAGUACAAGUGCCUCAACACAUUCUAGACUCCACAGUUGGGCUGGAGGAGACCAUUUGGAAUGUUAGUAGGCUCGGGGAAGAGGGCCUGAGGCCCAGUGCCGGGCUGCAAGUGAGCCAAGACCAGGCCUUGAGCAACACCAUCCUUUGCAGAGUUAAUGAGAGACUGAAUCGGAAGAAGCGAGGAGACAAAAACCAAGAAAGCAAGGAAAGAUAAUUCCACAGAAGAGUCAAACCCCAGUACCCCCUAUAACUUUCCUACAAACUUGGGACCAAGAGAAGCAAGGCUUGUGUGAAGGGGUGGUUGUUGAAGGGUGAAGGGUUCAACUAGUGUCUUGUAGGGUCCUGAGCACAGGUUCAAAAGGAACCAGCAGCACUUGGUGCGAGGUGGGGAGAGGAGAGGCGGAUGGUGCCACUUUAUCAACAAUUCACAGUGCAGAAGUCAGAAAAGGGACCAGGUGCAGGUUUUAAAAACCUUGAACUUUGAGUGAUUCAGGCUGAGCCAGAACUGUGGUGUCUUGCCACAGCUGUGCGCACCAAACCCUUGGCAGGCAGGAGCUACUGAGUCAUGUUACCAACAGAGGAUGGUACUGGGAGAGAUCAGGGCCAAGUGUACACUUUGUUUUUUGCUGACAAUCAUCAAGCAAAGAGGGCUAGGUUCAAAUCACAGAUUUGUGUGUUUUACCCUGAUACUGUGUUGUUGAUUGAAUGUUCUUGCUGACUUCCCCCGACUCCUGAGGCUUGGUUGACAAUCUCAGCAAGUGAAGGCUAGCAGGUCCUUUAUUUUUGGUCCAAGAGUGUCACUGGGCUCUCCCAGUCAGUCACCUCCAGAACUGUUAGCCUGUGGGUUUUUUUUUUUUUUCCCUACACUGCCAACAUGACUGGCUGGCUGGCUGGCACAGUUCUGCUUGCAGGUCAACAAAUGACCAUACCUCUUGCCCAAGGCAAGACAAACAAGCCAACCGAUCCUGUUUUGAGUUGAUAAUUGGAAUGACUGCUUUGCAGGUGACAUGUCAGCUUGUUUUUCUGGGAACCAGUGUGUCUCUGGGCACGUGCUCAGGUGUCCUGGCCAAGGUGGCAAGCACACAACAGGAGUGUACAGUGGUUGUGUUUUACAUAACUUGCCCAGUAUUAUCUCCAUGUGACAAUCUACCCACCAGGAAG